AUGAGUCAACAAGUUGUAGCUUUGCCGAGGUUUGUUGAGUUCCGGUCACAAAAUAGCAAUAAGUUAUUGCGAUAUGUGAAGGAAGAUGGGGCGGUGAAGGGGUAUGUCCAGUUCUAUGGUGAUUUUGUAGGGAGCGCAGACGCAAAGUUCGAAGUUCACCGGUCAACAACUGUGAAUGGACUGGUCCACAUAAGAAGCUGUUACAACAACAAGUUCCUGCAGGUGUUGGACAAAGCGCCCAACUUGCUUGCUGCCAAGGCUGAUAAGCCUGACGAAGACCAAUCGAGUCGUUCUUGUACACUGUUGAGGCCUACUUCUGUGAAUGGGAAUCCUAAAACAAUCCGUCUUACCCAUGUUAAUCUUAAACUUAAUCUAUGCUUGUGGCGUGGUACUGACCCUGCCUAUUAUGCAUGCGUAGCUGCAUACUACUCAGAUCCAGAUGCCGGAUCCUGUGAUGUGUUUAAUGUCAUCGAUUGGCAGUCACUUGUGAUACUUCCCAAAUAUAUUGCCUUAAAGGGUGAUAACAAUAAAUUUGUUACUACCAUAUGGUAUUAUGGUAAGUGCUAUCUUCAGUUUUCAGCAACUAAUCUGGAUGAUGAUCCACUCAGUGCCGGGAAUGAGAUUGUGCAGACUUCAAACGGUAACAUUAGCAUUCGUAACUUGAACUGGGAUAAGUACUGGAGGUCAGACCCGCAUAUCAUUUAUGCCGAUUCAACAGUUCCCACAAGUAAUGACGCAUUAUUUCAGCCAGUUAAAUGCAGCGAGGACACCAUAGCUCUUCGAAGCAUAGCAAACAAUUAUUUCUGCACCAUGAUGACCAACGAGAUCAUGAAAGAUUGUCUUACUGUCGGCUCGACUGCAAUCACUAGCUUUGCCAAAUUCAAGGUGUCAGAGUUUGUCGUUUCAAAGACUAUCGAAAAUAUAAACUUCCGGCUCAUGGAUGCAAGGAUCUACGAUGAGAACAUGCUCGUGAUGGUCAGUUCAACUUACGCCAACCAAGGCAAUUCAACCCAGGAGCAGACAUUUGAACUCUCGUACAGAAACAAGAGGUCAAGUACUUGGAACUGUAAUUUGUCAGUGAAGGGGAGUUUCGAGGCAUCUUUUAAAGCAGGCAUCCCAUUCAUCGAGGACGGUAAAAUUACAUUCAAGUUGGAGGCUUCUGAACAAUAUACCUGGGGAAAAACUAAGGAAGCAGAAGAAAAAAUAUCCACUUCCUACAAGGUAACAAUAGCACCAAAGACAAAAGUGACCGUGCGAAUUGUGGCAACCCGUGGUAUUUGUGAUGUCCCCUUUUGUUAUGAUCAGCGCGACGUUCUUUAUACCGGGGAAACAGUCAUCACUCAAAUGGACGACGGGGUUUACACUGGCGUCAAUAACUAUUCUAUCUACACCGAAGAAAAAGAGGAACCUCUGAAUCAGAGUACUCGGAUAACAGCAGCUGCAGGUUUCAAGAGGGUUGCUAAGGUGUCACAGUCAGGUGUGAUAACCCGUCUUAAACAUCCCAUAAUCAGCUACGGACGAGGCUAUUAG